AUGCCGAAUGAUAUAAGAAAACAAAUUCAGUUCUCGAAUUUGUCUUAUAAAACUACUGAACAAACAUUGCUGAGUUAUUUUUCUACUUACGGACCAAUUGAUCAAUUAGUUCUGCAUAAAGACGAUCAGGAUCAGUCAUUACGAAAAGGUUUUCUCAUUUAUCAAAAUGUUCAAUCAUCGAAUGACUUAAUGUCCAAACGGCCACAUUUAAUCGACAAGCGUCAAGUUUUUCUUCAACGUGCAAUGCCAACGAAUGUAUCCACGAGCCGUCAAUGUCUCUCGGAAACCUUAGGAAUCAAUCUCGCCGUUAACGAACUGUUCAUCAACCGUUUAUAUUCAGGAGAAACAAAGAACAUGUUUAUAAACUAUUUCCAACAAUUCGGAACGAUUACCGAUUGUCGAGUAUUGAACUCGCGUUCGCAAAAUCGAAAACAGAUGGGCUUUGCGUUUUUAAGAUUCGAUGAUUACGAUAGCAUUGAUCAAAUUAUUCUUUCAAGACCACAUCUAAUCAAUUCGAAAUACUAUCAUGUACGAAAAUCGAUCCCACGUGAAUAUAAUUACAUCAUUUCAUCGAUAAAACCAAUUAGUUUGAAUAAACCUCUAUGGCGUCAUUAUGCUUUCGGAUUGAUCAACAUGCGAACCCAAGAAAUCAUUUAUCCAACGCUAUCUACGCCUCAUAACCAGUACAACAAGCAAGAAGAGCCGGAGUCAAUUCGAAAGAGUCCAACGUCAGAAUUUGAAUUGCUUACAGCAAGCUCCUUGUCAAGUAGUAUAUCACUUGUCAAUUCAUCGAUCGAUGAUUUCACUCCAAUACAAUCUCCACUUUAUUCCACGGCAAUUGCGUAUUCACCUACGACGGAUAUUAUAUGA